GGAAACAGUUAAAGGUGAACUGACACGCAAAAUUAACUUGACCUCAAAUAUAAACAGCUCAAUUAUCGCUGUUUUGUGUGCUUCUGCGAUCAAAUUAAUAAUCCUCACAUAGAAUUUAAUAAAACACUCGGUUAUUUCGCUAUUUUGAUAUUUCAUUCUGGGAAUCAAUAUUAUUUCAUAUUUCAAAGCUAAAAAACCUGAAUAUUUAUAUUUUUUCUCCAAAAAUCGCAAUUAUUUCAUAUUUCAAAUACCCCUUAUAGGGCCUCAUCUCAUAAGUAACUGUCUCUGUAAGGUUUUAAGAACAGAAACACAAUAGCCAUCAUCAUUGAGUUCAACGCCUGUCAGUACAUUGUACUUAGAAUUGACUCUUGACUCUGGAGAAAUCUGAAAGUUAGGACUACCAAAGAAUUGAAAGAGUUAAAGUUAUUGAAAUGAAUGGAAAGCUUAGUGUCAAAGACAUCAACAUCAAGGGCAAGAGGGUACUUAUGAGGGUCGAGUUCAAUCUUCCAAUGGAAAAUGAUAAAAUCACAAGCAACUACAGGCUUGUCUCAACUCUUCCGACAAUACAACUUUGCAUUGAUAGAGGAGCCAAAAGCAUCAUCAUUCUCAGCCAUAUAGGCAAACCUGGCCGGCAGGUUUCAUUAAGACCUGUCGCUAAGGAACUGCAAAGGUUACUUAAGAGGUCAGUGCAGUUUGUUGAUAGCUGUGUAGGGGAGAUUGUAGAGGAAACAUGCGGCAAAGCUGACAAUGGCUCGGUAAUAUUGCUAGAGAAUGUUCGAUUCCAUAUUGAAGAAACGGGUACAGGGUUGGAUCAGUGUGGAAACGAGAUAUUUGCAACAAAAGAAGAAAUAUCAAAUUUCAGAAAUCGUUUAUCAAAACUUGGAGAUGUAUUUGUCAAUGACGCUUUUGGUGUUGCUCAGCGUGGGCAUAGUUCGAUGACUGGGAUCAAUCUUGAAAUAAGAGCAUCUGGACUUUUAAUGGAGAAGGAAUUACACUUUUUUACUGAACUCAUAAGGAAUCCAGAAAGACCGUUCUUUUGCAUUCUUGGCGGAGCAAAAGUUGGAGAUAAAGUUAAGCUGAUUGAAAAUCUGUUAGACAAAAUUGACGGACUGGUAAUUGGGGGUGGUAUGGCAUUUACAUUUCUAAAAAUCAAACAUGAAAUACCGAUAGGUGACUCCCUCUUUGACAAUGAUGCUGCAGAUUGCGUCACAAGAAUAAUGAAGAGGGCAGAUGUGCUUGGACUCAACAUCCACUUGCCAGUUGAUUUCAUCACCGCAGAGAGAAUGGAUAGUGAAGACAAUCUUCGAGUGGAUAGCAUUAAAAAUGGCAUACCAGCUGGAAGAGCAGGCUUUGACUGUGGUCCAACCACCACCAAGAAAUUUGCGAAUGCCAUUGCCAAUGCAAAGACAAUUUUCUGGAAUGGACCCAUGGGUGUAUUCGAAAGAUCACAAUUUAGCAAAGGAACGAGAGAUCUGAUGUCUUCUGUUGCUGAGUUAACAAAGAAUGGGGUGAAGACUGUUAUUGGAGGUGGAGAUUCAGCUGCUGCAUGUCAUAAGUUUGGUAUGACUGAUGCCAUGACUCACGUCAGCACUGGUGGCGGUGCAAGCAUUGCAUUUCUUGAAGGCAGAGAGCUCCCUGGUAUAACAUAUUUGAGCAAUGCUAAUGAGUUUCAUUGCUAAAUCUGAGAUAUCAUACCUUUUGCGCAUAAAAUUCACACUGUUUUGCAAAAAUGAAUCGUUUAUGAGCAGAGAGGCGGAGUUAGAUUACUAGCAUAGGCUGGUGCUGGUCAAUGGCGUGAUUUCCAACCAAAGCCUCAAAAUCUUGGUUUUCAUCUUCCUAUUUUUAGGCCAAACUCAAAUAAUUAUUACAUCAUUAAAAGUUGAUCAUUGGUACAAAAAUGUUGACAAAAAUCACAAAAAAACAUAAUUUCACUGAUCGCUGUUUUUAGGUUCUUUUAGUCAUCUUAUCAAAAUAAAGAAUGCAACUUCAGGAACCUUACCCAAAGACUAUAAAACUGUUUAAGCCUUAAAACUGUAAAAUGAUGCUCUCUGGGAACGAAGUCUUUUUUGGUACGGAUCAUUCUUGCUAAGCAUAUUGUGUUGGCUUCACAACCUUUGAGCCCCACCCCGCACCAGCCUGUAAUUUGUAAACAAACAUCCUGUUUUGAUUGUAUAAUUGUGUAUUGUAGAAUUGAUAAUGUGAUUUCGAACACAAACGAUAAUUUUGCAAAUAAUAAUGUUAUAAAUUAAAGUAUUUUUGAAUGGUCUUUUGCUGAUGAAUUUCAACAGAAAAACUGACAUCUUUCUGUUUUCAAGCCUGUUUGUUUCAAGUUCCAUUUCUAUUUACAAUGAUACGCUAAUAGGACUUGAUAACGAGAGUUUUAAAAGGUAGAUAUGAUAAUGAUCCUCAAGCCUUACAUGCUGCGAAUAGCAUUGAUCUACUUGUUUAUAAUGUCAGGGGUCUAGGGUGUUGGUUUUUUAUUAAUUGAUGAUUAGUAUACGGGAAGGCCUAAAACUACUUCCAAAUAUAAUUAUGAUUAAAUUUUGGACCAACUGAGUAAUCAGUUUCCAUUUAUUUUGGGUUUCAUAUCUUAUUUGAGGUGAAUCU